UUGAAUUCUCGCGAGAUUACCAGACCGGAAGAGACGAAUUCGAAGGUCGGGACGUAAACAUGGCAGCCCGCAGUAUGCUGAGGUCUGCCUGGACCUCUUUUUCGGGCUUGAAAUUAGGUGCCACGGCCACCAACGGGAGGGUCCAACAGAGGAUAAAUGUCCCCCAGAUACCGGCUGUAGUCCUCCAGAGCCGAGGGAUCCGCCAAGUGGUGGAGAUGCAGGAGGGUAAAACAACAAUGAUUGAGGGACAAAUAGCGGACGUCCCAGCAGGACCACAGCCUCCAAACCCCUCCGCCAAGUGUCCCAUCUACAGAUGGAACCUGCAGCACAAAUACAACUACACGGACGUCCUGCUGCUUAGUCAGUUCAUCAGGUCAGACGGAGGGCUGCUGCCAAGGAGAAUCACUGGUCUCUGUCCAGAGGAGCAUCGCAAGAUUGCCAUCUGUGUUCAGAUGGCUCACAGAGCAGGUCUGCUCCCUGACCACAAACCCAAACUUCCAGAGGGCCACGUCCCAAAGAGGCCCAAGCCACAACUUAACAGAUACCUCACCCGCUGGUCCAUUGACACGGUGAAACCAAUACAUAGAACUGGACUAAAGUGGUGUAAGAAGCGCAUGGCUGUUGGCCACCCAGUACUCCAGGACAAUGUCCGUUACGGCGUCAAGUCCCUUAAUAUACAACACUGAAGGACAGAAGGCCUGACGAAUCGGUACAGCAUCUAGAUGAGAGUGGGUGGGCCUUUUUUUUUUCUUUUUUUUUUUGUAAAGAUGCAUUUUCAAGUGGAUUUACUUUUGUCAUACCACCCUGGGAGAGGGGCCUAAUAGCUUCAUCCAUCUGUAUGUAUUCUACCUUUUUUGUUUACCAAGCUGCGUCACCCUUUUUAAUGAAGCAUUCUCAGCCCGACCCAGAACCAUCUUUUCCGUCUCUGCUGGUUUUCAAAAAAAAGCCCUUGAAGUGAACUCUGUGACAACUUAAUGUGAGCAACAAAUGGGACAGUGUAACAGUUUCAAAGUAGGUGGUAUGUUGACUGUGUAUACUCAAGGCACCGCAGAUGUGCAAAUAAAAUGUGUCUGUUUACUCUGCCUCUCAACAUGUG